AUGGGAGAGAAGUCAUCACAAUUAAAAACUCUUUUAAAAAAGAAUUUAUUAUUAAAAUCAAAAUCAAAAUGUGGAAUUUGUUGUGAAAUUGUUUUUCCAAUUAUUAUUGUAUUACUUGUAUUUGCAAUUUUAGUAUUAGUACAACUUUUUAAACCAAAUUAUGAUUUAAUAAAAACAACUCAAUUUUCAAAUAGAAUUAAUGAAAAUAAUAUAAUAAUAUAUGGUGGAAAAGCAGGAUCAUUAAAUGUUGAACAAAAGGGAGUUAUUGAUAUGAUGAAAUUUCAAUUAUCAAAUGAAUUAAAUAAAAGUAUUAGUGAAGUUGAUGUAUAUUUUAAAGAGAUUAAUGAUAAAUCAGAAAUGGAGAAUUAUUUUCAAAUUAACUCAACACAAGUAUUUGGUGGAAUUUGGUUUGAAAGUAAUCAAUUAUCAUCAGUAGCUAAUACUACCAACACCAACACCACAACAAACUCAUUUAAAUAUAGUAUACGAUUAGAUUCAAAUAGUGUUUUAGAUUCAAAUAAAGUUAAAGAUAAUGGUAUUGAUAGUAGUGAUUAUUUAACAAAGAAUUGGGCAUAUAUUCAAAUUGCAAUGGAUCAAGCAAUAUUUGGAUACUUUGGAUUGGAUUAUAAAUUGGUAAUUAAUGGACAACGUUAUCCUGACCCGUAUGUAGAGUUAUGGCAAAAAUGGAUAAAUGGGAGGGAAUCGGUAUUUAAGAGUGCAGGAUCAGUGUUUGUAUCUGCUGCUUUAUUAAUAUUCACUUUUAGAUUGGUGACGGAAUUAGUAGUUGAGAAGGAAACAAAGAUUAGGGAAGGUAUGAGUAUAAUGGGGUUAAACCAAUAUUGUUAUUUCAUAUCAUGGAUUAUCACAUCACUAGUGACUGCACUACCAAUUGAUUUAAUUAUAAUUGUAAUUUUAAAAGGUAGUCAGGUGAUUCAUUCAACUUCAUGGAUUAUCGUUAUUGUUACAUUGAUAUUAUACUUGUUAACAUUGCAAUUGCUUGCAUUUAUAUUCUCAAUGUUUUUUGAUAAAUCUAAAUUUGCAGGAUUGUUAACAUUCUUAACGAUAUUGUUAAUUAAUAUAUGUGGUAUUUUCAUUGGUGAAUAUGAGAUUAUAAAUAUACAUAUUAAAUUAUUAUUAUGUUGUAUAUUCUCACCGAUUGGCAUAGCAUGUUCAUUCUAUAUAAUGUCAAUUAGAGAUAUACCAGACACGAUUUCAACAAUAAAUUUAAAUCAAGUAAUAUCAGAAAAACAAAUAAUAGGUACAUUUGUAUUUAAUAUUAUAUUUUAUACAUUUUUAAUUUGGUAUUUAGAUAAAAUCGUUAAAACUGAAUAUGGUACAAAAGAACCAUGGUAUUUUUUAUUUACAAAAAGGUAUUGGACAGUUGGUGCUGGUAAAAUUAAUAAAAAGAAUAAAAAUAAAGAAUACAAUUAUAAUGAUAUAGAAUCAACUAUUCAAAAUAAUAAUAAUGAUAAUAUUGAAAUGGUACCAAUUGAAGUUAGAAAUAAAACAACAAUUUCAAUUAGAAAUUUAAGAAAAGAAUUUAAAACUGGUGAUGGUUUAAGAAUUGCAGUAAAUGAUUUAAAUUUAGAUAUGUUUGAUGGUCAAAUUCAUGGUUUAUUAGGUCCAAACGGUAGUGGAAAAUCAACAACAAUCUCAAUGUUAACUGGACUAUUAUCACCAACAUCCGGUACAGCAUUCAUACUUGGUAAUGAUAUAACUUAUCAAAUGAAUGAAAUUAGAAAAUGUACGGGUGUAUGUUUACAAACUGAUAUCAUUUGGAAUCAGUUAACUGUAUUGGAACAUUUAGAAAUAUAUGCAUCAUUAAAAGGCAUAACAAAUAAAAAACAAAUUAAAUCUGAGUCUUUGAAAAUGGCAAAUGAGAUUGAUUUGGGUGAAAAACUACACACACCAGCUGGCUCACUAUCAGGUGGCCAAAAACGUAAACUUUGCCUAGGCAUUGCUUUCAUUGGUAGAUCGACUAUAAUAUUCUUGGAUGAGGUUUCCUCAGGCAUGGAUCCAAGUUCGCGUAGAAAAGUAUGGGACUUUUUAUUAUCUCAUAAAAAGGGUAAAACUAUAAUUCUUACAACUCAUUAUUUAGAUGAAGCAGAUUAUUUAUCUGAUAGAAUUUCCAUUAUAUCACAUGGUAAAUUAAUUACUGAUGGUAGUUCAUUAUUUUUAAAGAAUAAAUAUGGUGUUGGUUAUUUAUUAACUUGUAGUAAAUCUUUGAAUACCAUUGAUCAAUUCAAUGUUGAUCAAGUUACUCAAUUCAUAAGAGAUCAAAUACCUGAUGUAACUGUACUUUCAAAUGCAGGUUCAGAAAUUUCAUUUAGAUUACCAACUGCUUCAUUACCUGUAUUUUCAAAAUUCUUUAAAGAUUUUGAUGAGAAUUUAUCAAAUUUUCAUAUUGAUUCCUAUGGUAUUAGUGUAACCACUUUGGAAGAGGUUUUCUUGAAAAUCGGUACAGAUAUCGAUACUGAUGCGCUUUCAAUUGCAGAUGGUAAUGGCAAUGAUGAUGAAUUAAAAAGAUCAAUUGGAGUUUCAUCAACUGGUAUAAAAUCAAAGCAACAAUUAAAAGCAUUAUUAAUUAAACGUGUUAAAACAUCUUCAAAAGAUUUUAAAGCAUUUUUAUUAUCAUUACUAUUACCAUUACUAGUUAUAAUUGGAUCAAUUAUAGUUUUCAAAGAAGUUGAUAAUGAGGUUAUAUUUUAUAAUAAUUCAACAGAACCUUUAACAUUUUCAUUACUUCAACAGUAUGGUAAAAAUGAUAUCGUACCAAUUCAAUUGGCUGGCACAACUUCAGAAUUUGAUUUCAAUAAAUUCUUAUCAAAUUCACCAUACUUUAAUCAAUUUCAGUAUUUAAAUAACUCAAUUAACUUUAAUCAAUAUUUAAUUAAUAAUUAUAAACAAUCAUCAGGUUCAAUUAAUUUCACAAUACCAUUAUCAUCAUCAUUAAUUAAUAAUACAACUAAAGUAAUAUCAUAUAAUUCAUUAUUUAAUUUUAAUUAUAUUCAUUCUUGGCCAGUUCAUGUAAAUUUAAUAAAUGAUGCUCUAUUAAGAAAUCAUAAUGGUAUAGGUAUAGAAUGUACUUCUUUACCAUUUGAUCAUAUAUUAACAAGUUUUCAAAAGGCAAGUCAAGGUAUGAAUAUUCAAUCAAUUGUUUAUUUCAUUGUAAUUAUGAUGGCUGGAUUUUCAUUGAUGGCAGGUUCUUUUGCUGGUAGUAUCUCUCAAGAGCGUACAAAUAGAAUUAAAAGGUUAUUAUAUAUAUCAGGUUGUAAAAAGUAUAUUUAUUGGGUAUCAAAUUUAUUAUGGGAUUAUUUCUUUGCAUUUAUUUUAUUAUUAAUCACUUGUAUUAUAUUAGCAAUUGUUGAUGAUAAAUUUAAUGAUCAAUUUGGGUUAUUCUUUUUAUCAUUAGUUUUAUUCUCAUUAUCAAUCAUACCAUUAUCUUAUUUAUUCUCAUUCAAAUUUUCAUCAUUUGGUAAAUCAACUGGUGCAAUCACUGCAAUUCAUUUUUCAAUUGGUGUAAUUAUGACAAUUGCAAUGAUAAUUUUAAGAAUUGAAGUAAUUAUUAAAAAUUCAUCAUCACUAGAGAAUAUUGCAGAUAUCAUUGAUAUAGUAUUCAAUAUUUUAUCACCAUUAUAUGCAUUUUCAAGAGUGAUUUUCAUAAUUUCAGGUUUCCCAGGUUCUCUAAGAUUAGGUGCAUUAAAAAUCGAUGAUUAUUGGUCACUACAUUAUGCCUCAACCCCAAUAAUAAUUUUAUCAGUACAUGUUGUAGUUUGGACUAUAUUCAUAUUAUUAAUAGAUUAUUCACCAGAGUUUAAAGGUUAUUUAAGAAAUCCAAAAACCAUUCUACCACCUCCACCUCCUAUCGAUGAAGAUUCUGAUGUCUCUGCUGAAAGAAUUAGGUUGGAAUCAAUGUCACCAAUACCAUCCACAGACCAAGGUAGUGGUGGUGGUGGUGAUAUGUUACAAUAUAAAGGUUUACAUAAAUUAUUCAUUGGUAAGGGUAAAAAUCCAAAUAAAAAUGCAGUAUAUAAUUCAACAUUGGGUAUACCACAAGGUCAAACAUUUGGUUUACUUGGUUUAAAUGGUGCUGGUAAAACUACAACCGUUAGUAUGCUAGCUGGUGAUAUUCUACCAACAAGUGGUCAAAUAACUAUCAAUGGUCAUGAUUUAGUAACCGAUAGAGCUCAAGCUUUACGUGGUGUUUCUGUAUGUCCACAAUUUGAUGCAUUAAUAACAUUAUUAACUGCUCGUGAACAGUUAUCUCUAUAUUGUGCAAUCAAAGGUGUACCAGAUGAUAAAAUAUCACUAGUAGUUGAAGCAUUCAUUAAAAUGAUGGAUCUUGGUAAAAUUGCAAAUUCAAAUACUGGUGGUUAUUCAGGUGGUAAUAAAAGAAAAGUUUCAUUAUCAAUUGCAAUGCUUGGUAAUCCAUCAGUAGUUUUAAUCGAUGAAGCAUCAUCAGGUUGUGAUCCAAUCAUUAGAUACCGUCAAUGUCAAGUAAUUAGUGAAUUGGGUAAAAAUAAAGUCAUCAUUUUAACUUCUCAUUCAAUGUCUGAAAUUCAAGCAUUAUGUUCAAGAAUGACAAUUAUGAGAGAUGGUCAAUUCAAAUGUUUAGGAUCAACUCAACAUAUUAAAUCUAAAUUUGGAGCAGGGUAUUCAGUUGAAGUUAAAUUUAAAAAGAGUUGUUUAGAAGUUGGUAUUCCACAAAGUCUUCAAUGUGUUUUAGAAUGUUUCCCAAAUGCAACUAUUUUAGAUCAACAUGAUUUAAUGGCAAGUUUAGAAUUACCAAAUCCACCUGAAAAUCCAAUUAAAGUUUCAGAGAUUUUCAAUAUACUUUCAACAGAAUUAUCUUCAAUUUUAGAUGAUUAUUCAGUUAGUCAAACUUCAUUAGAACAAGUAUUUUUAAAAUUAACUGGUGCAACUCAUGAAGAUCGUUUAAAUUUAAAUAACCAACAACAACAACAACAAACAAUUCCAAAUUCCGAUUAA